AUGGACAGCAGAGAAGUUCUAAUUACCGUUUACAUGGGUUUGACAAUCGCACUCUUCCUUCUCAACACAAGUCGUGGGUUACAAGCCGUCGAUUUAUGUAUAGAAUGCUUGAGAGUACUAAACAAUAAGGCGUUAAACAUCAAUAGUUCAUUGGCAAACUUGAUGUUCGGAGGCAUUUACAAUAUAAUGCUCCAUGCUUACCAUGUCAUGGGAGAUUACAAAAGUGAAGAAGUAUGUCUCAGGAAACUUCUCCUGUACCACUCUGAUGACACUAAAAAAAGGUAUGCAAAGGCCGACGGCUAUCGAGAGAAGGCAAGGGAAAUUGGAUUGGAUAUCGGUGACAGAGGCGGAGAAGCAACAGAUUACGGACACCUUGGGGAAAUUUGUGUUCGGCGAGGCGAAUUUGACAAGGCUCUAAAACAUUACGAGAAAGCCCUUGCAAUUCACAUGGAAAUCGGUUACAGAGAAGGAGCAGCAGUCGAUUACGUAAAUUUAGGAUUUUGUUUCCGAUCCCUUGGUAACUAUUCUAUGGCCGAAGAAUACCUCAAGAGGGCUCUCCUAUUAAGCAGGGACAUUGGACAUCACUUGAACGAGUUUCAAACCCUUUGUGAUCUAUCGGUGUUGAAGGUGUCACAAUCUCAUCUUGAAGAAGCCUCCUCGUAUCUUUUUCAAAGCAUCGAUAAAUUCGACACUUUGAGAGGUUCUCUCAAAGACAACGAUGGGUUUCAAAUAUCUCUUUUAGAAGAGCACGGCGCCUUUCCCUACAAGUUGCUAAGUCACUUGCUCUCUUUCACCGGAAAGUCACAAGACGCCCUUUACGUCGAAGAGCUGAGACGGGCAAGAGGCCUAGCUGACUUGAUAGCAGCUCGGUACUCUGUUCAAGAGCAUAUCUCAGGAAAUCCACAAUCUUGGUGUGGCAUUCAAGAGAUUAUCGCAAAAGAAGCAGACAGUGCAUGCCUAUACACUUCGGUUGGUAAAGAUGAGGUACGGUUUUGGAUUCUCAAAGCAAUGGGAGCUAUUCAUUUUUCAAAGGAGAAAGUGAGCCUUGAAGCAAACGAUGUGACCGGAUUAGUCCCUGAUUUAGAUGAGUUUUUUAAAGAAACCUUUCGCAGCUUCGCCAUUUUACCGGCCGAACAGAAAUNAUACAAAAAGGAAAGCAUUUCUGUAAAGAGCUCAUUGGACAUCUAA